UUUCUUGUCGAGCGGUUUGAGGUGGUUCGCGUCGCUUCAUUGCGCGGAAUUUCCAAAUUAAUAAAUAAACGCAUAAAUUUAUUGAAUUGUGGCACCAAAAUAAAUAUUAAAGUUUAAUUAAAUGUGAACAUAAUAUACUAAAAUCUAAGGCAACACAAAAAGCGCACAAACGCGAUUAAAGUUACCGAGUUAACAGUAAAGAAAAUGGCGGCGUAGCACAAACAAUAAGAAACAACAACAACAACAGCGAAGUCACAACUACGUAAGCAGCGUAGCUUAAUAAACUCUUUUUUUCUCGGCAGCACAAAAAUUAAUCUGGUUUUAUGUUUUACUUUUAUGCGUCGCGCGCGCGCCACUUGUGUCUGUGUGAGAGUGUUUAUGUGCUUGUGUGCCUGUAGAAAAUGUCAUAAAACGUGCAAACAACAACAAUAAUUGAUGCCCUGUUAAAAGUUAACAUUUGUUUACCUUUUGUGUGUCAACCCAACUUUCGUUGUCGUGCUUUUAAUGUGAUUGUAUUUAGCUGCAUACGGAAAUUGUUAACUGAAAAGCAUAACGCGUGGAAAAUAGCGUUUUCCAUACAUUUCACAGGAGUCGCCGCAGCUAAUUUGGCCAGCGCGGCCAGCAGAAACAGAGGCGCGAAAUGCAUCGUUCACUGAAGCCGCACGCAUCCACGGCACAAGCUAAGAAGGUACAGCCGCCGACAAUACCUGGUGACCCACCGGUGACGCCCUCGUCGCCCCUAGGCCAUCAUCAGCCAGUGAUACCGCUAUACAGGCUGAGCGGACCCCUGCGGCACCAUCAGCAACAACUACAACAUCAACAACAACAGCUUCAACUGGAUGAUGGCAUUUGCAGCAUGAGUGGCAGCAGCAUUGUCUCAUCGCCCUCGCUGGAGGAGGGCGGCUUUAACUUGCCACGCGAGACGAGCGUGGCGCUGCGCAUGAAGGAUGAGGCAAGCACCGGGGCAGCAGCUGCAGGUGCAGGCUCUGGCAGCAAGCCCCCAGCACAAGCUCCGCUCCCACCCAGCAUUGUGGCAUGUCCACCGCCCGUAUUCUGUGCCACAUUGCGCGAACCGCUGACGCACAAGGCAGCGGUCUACUAUCAUCAGCAGCUGGCGUUGCAAGAGGAUCAGGGCAUUGAUCUGACCCAAUCGCCGGGACGUGAUUCGCCGGGCUCUUCGUCGGGCUCCGCUGGAUCGGGUUCGCGUCAUAGCACCGCCAGUCUGGACUCAGGACGAGCGUCCUCCUACUUAACGGGCGUCUCCUCAUCGGGUGCAUCGAUACGUGCUCCGCUCUCGUCGCCACGCUGCAGCUCGGUCAGCUCGUGUUCGAUUGGCAGCGUCGAUAGGCAGCGGAAUGAUGAAUUGAUUAUCGACUGGCUGCUGGAAAUGAAACAUGAGGAGUACGCUCAGCUCUUCAUUGCUGCUGGCUACGAUUUGCCAACGAUUGCGCGCAUGACGCCCGAGGAUCUCACUGCGAUUGGCAUCAAGAAUCCGCAUCAUCGUGAACGCAUCAAGCAGCGCAUCGACAAGCUGCAGGUGCUCGACAAUUUGCCACAUUUUGUGCCGGGCUCCAUUGAGGAGUGGCUGCAGCUGUUGCGUCUGGAGGAAUACAUUCAGCCGCUGCUCGAACAGAACUACAAAACGGUGCGCGAUGUAACCCAAGUGACUUGGGAGGAUCUCGAGGACAUUGGCAUCGUUAAGCUGGGACAUCAAAAGAAGAUUCUGCUUGCCAUCAAGCGGGUCAAAGACAUCAUCAGCGGCAAAUGGAAUCCAGGUGGUGCCAAUGCCUAUCAGCAACAGGAGUACCAACGGAAGCCCUGGCAAUUCAAUGUCCCCAUACCGAGUACGCCAUCUUGUGGCUGGGACUACACCAAGAUCUAUGCGACGAGCAAUGUGAACGCGACGACGUCGUCAUCAUCGUCGACAUCGUCGUUGGCCAAUGGUCACAGCGGUGGCCUCUCGGCUGCCAGCGGGGGGGAUGCCUAUUACUGCACGGGCAGCAAUCACGAGUGUUGCAACGGCAACGAUGUGGUGCUCAUUAAGGUGCGACAGCCGCGUGGCAAGAGCCUCGAAUCGCUGGAGGAUAUUCAUGACAACAGCACGCGCAGCCAUUUGACCUUUAGCCAUUACACGACCACGGACUACGGACACUUUGGGCCGCCAACGACAGCGGCCGCAGCAGCAGCGAUGGCAGCCGCUGCCACGCUGCAACAGCAGCAACAUCAUCAACUGCUGCAGCAACAGCAACAACAACAACAGCAGCAACAGGCGGCAACAGCACGACUGUUGGGCAACAAUGCGGCAGCAGCGAUGGCUUGGCGGCGUUCCUACGACGAUGGCGACAUAACACCCACCAACGAUGCCACACGCGAGCUGCUCUAUGAAGAGGGCGGCGGCACCUUGCCACGCCAGCAGCGGGGCAUACUUCAGCGAGCCGUGCUGAACACGAUGCCGCCACUGGAGCAUCAUCACUACAUGAAUGCGGCGGCGGCGGCGGAGUAUGUGACAGCCGGAGGUGCAGACAGUGCAGCAGCCUACUUAAGCGGCAGUCCAUUGGCGGGCAAGAAGAUUGCGCCAGAGCCACCGCGACGUCAUUGCAGCAUACGCAACUCGCGUCAGUUGAGUGUGGAGGCAACGCCACAAGGAGCAGCCGGAGUUGGAGUCGGAGCGAGCAAUCAACAGCAGCAGCAACAACAGCAGCCCAUGUUCUAUGGCCACACAGCACCGCAUUGGCAGCAACAUCAAGCGGCUGGCGGCAACUCUCAGCAACAGCAGCAGCAACCAAUCUAUGCCAACUAUGCGACCAUACAGCAGACAACGGCGGAGAUACACUGCGAGAAGUAUCACGACAACAAGUCGAAUUCCAGCAUCGAUUCGAUCGACACGAUACCGUUUGCCAAUGAGAACACUGGCACCAUCAAGCAGCGUCUGCUCAAUCGUCAGGAGCUGCAGGCUGGCGGCAAUGCGGCAUCAUCAGCAGCCGCUGGAGCAGCUGGUGGACAUCAUGCGGCCGGGACGCACUUGCACUCCUCCAGCUCCAGUUCCAGCUCGUCGUCAACGAACACCAUUGCCAACAUUGCGCACUCGUUUCACUCGCUGAAAUCUUCCAGUUCGCUGCAUGACGCCACGCUCGCUCGCAGCGACAGCAUGAACAGCACAGCGAGCGCCGGCAGCAGCGCCCUCCACUUGCGUUCGCCCACUUUGGAUGUGGCCAGCAACAGUGGCAGUGGCAACAUCAGCUGUAGCGGCAUUGAGCCAGCAGCAUCUCCUGAUGCAACAACAGUGGCUGCCCCUGCCGUGCCCGUGACGACAGUGCCACCAAAAGUAUCGGUCAAUGUGCUCAACGAUAUUGGCAACAUGCUGGCAAACUUAACUGACGAGCUGGACGCCAUGCUCGAGGAGGAGAAGCGUGUGGGUCUCAACAUUGACAGCGAGUAGACUCGCAACAACAACAACAACAAUAACAAUAAUCCGAAAGCAAAGUUUCCUUAAGGUGAACACACAACUCCCACAACUCUCGUCGUACCAGAGUAACGAGAAUGAAUGAAUUCACGUAGUGUAGCUGAAUUUUUUUGUAAUUUGUAGUCCCGUGUGUAGUCGACAAAUUCUUGGUUUUCAGCCAUCGUCAGAUUUCAGUUUUGUUUUUUCUAUGUUUUAACAAUAAUUUUUGAUUUGGAAAUAAGAGCAAAGUUUGCAAUUUAGAGCAACAUUCGUUGACUCUUUCUACUAAUUUAUGUUAGCUGUGGUAGUAUCAAAAAUGAAUGAAUAUGAAUGUUGCAUUUAAUGAACCUACCUAAAUUAUUAAUAAUAUAAACAAACCAUUGUAUAAUUUAUCAGACAUUCCAAAAUUCUGCUCUACACGUUGCUUGAUACUACCCUAGGGCUAUAGCUGAAUAAGUUCUUUUGUUAAUAUGUAUUACGACAUGGCCAGUUUUAUUAAUUAUGAUUAUGAUUACGAUAUUCGCAUACACAACAUUCGAAGUGUGUAUAAUAAACAUGUAACUUGAACAACUACAACAGAAAAGCUUUUGAAACACGUAUACUUUUGUACUUUCCCUAGAAAACCGAACAGAAAAAAAAGAACAAGAAAAAUGAAGAAUAAAAAUAUCUAAGCAAAUUAUGAAAAUUAAGCGCUAAUUGCAAAUGGCAAGUAUGCAACAAUUGCAUAGUUAAUAUAUAGCAUAAAAUAUAUAUAUAUAUGAUGUAUACAUAUAAUAAAUAUAAUAUUUAAACAACAAAAUCAUUUAUAUGGCAAGUAUUUAGUGGUUUGAUACUAUACGACAAAACAAAGCAUACAUUUAUAAACAGAAACAAAAGACGCACAGAAACCGAAAACACAAACAGUUUAACUACAAAGUAAAAACAUUUCUACUACAAAAAUGAGCUACAAAUUGCAUUUUUACAGGCUUUUUAGUUAUUAAACAAUUGUAUUUCCGUUUCAAAUUGAAUCAAACUACAAGAAUUCAGUUGUAUUUUAUAUAUAUUUUAAAUAUGUAUACAAAACAAUACGAUACAAAAUGAAAACAAGAUCUAUAUGAAUGUAUAAUUAAGUGUUAUUCCAUAUAAACUAUAAAAAUUCAUUAUAUUAAAUAUAACAAAUUAUAUUAUAUAUAUAUAUAUAAAUAUAUUAGCGUUACAUUAAGAGCAAGCAAAUACGGGCAUCAAUGCUAAAUAACGUAUAGAAAUUCCGUGGUAUACACUUCUAUUGCCUUUCUUUAUCAUUUACUUAAAUAAACAUUUUUUAGUAAAAAACAUAGAAUUUCUUUUCGAUUAUCAUUUUCAGUUGUAAAGCAAAUUUUUUGCGCUGAGUUAAUUUGUUUUGGUGCGCAUAUCAUUAGAAAAUGAAAUUGGAAAUUGAAAUAUACAUAUACGUAUACAUAUAUGCAUAUUCAAACACAUAUAUUAACAAAAAGCAAAACAAAUCACACAACAUGUAAAGCACAUAAUGGACAAAACCAAAAUGAUCGAGAAA